AUGGCAAUCAUUGGUUCUUUGUUUGCAUUAUUCCAUUUAUAAUUUAGAACAUAUUUGUUUGCAAGAGUUAUCAAGAUAUGUACAUCUAUCAGAAGAUUGCAAACAUUGAGAAUAAUCCAUAUAUUAACAUAGAUUGGACUGACAUCCACUUUUAGAAUUAUAAUAACAAUAAUUUCCCAUAUUCAUACAUGUGCAAGGAUCAUUAAUUUCAUAACAAGAAANGCCAUUAAAUAUUGCCCAUAUUAUGUUGGGAUUAUCAUCUAUGAAUAAAAAGUUCAAUAUCAAGACAAAGCACCAAAUAAUAAUUAUGUUUUGUAAACUGAUAUGCAACAAAAAACAUUUCUUUAAUUGAUAGAUUUUCGUACUUAAACUUACUAAAACAAUAAUCAAACCAAUAAUGAAUAACCUACUAUAUAGAGUUAUUUACUUUAUGGUAAAAGUAAAAAUAAGAUUAGUUGUGGUUUUAUGUUAGAUUAUGCUAUUGUAAAUAUAUAAAAUAUAUGGAAUAAUCGAUUUAUAAUCACAAGUACAUAUAAAUUGAAAAUUAUUGAGAUAUAUAAUAAUACUAACUAUGAAAUGUAACAUAUCUUUGAGUUUAGUAUAUUAAAUUAAUAAUUAAUAACAUUUAGAAAUAGUUUACCAUUAGAAGAUCUGGAGAGAAUUAAUUUUUUAAAAUAGACAGACUAAAGAAUAUUAUUUACUCAUUUUGGAUAAUAAAUUAAGGGAGAAUCAAAAAUGAAUGGUAUUAUACAUAGUUUUUAUGGAAUUAAAUGGGUUAGCAUAAACAAAGACAAUGUUAAUAUCAUUUAGUUGCAGUAAAAGCAAGAGAUAAAUAAAAUAUAGAAGGUACUUUAGGAAGGCAGUAAUUAUUUUUAUAUUUUAUCAAAUGAUGAAGAGAUUUAUAAAAUUACACCAAAUGAAGUUAAAUUAAUUUAUGUUUCUGGAUCAAAAUUAUUAUCUUAUGUUAGUAAUAACAAUAAUGAGUCAAUAAUUUUAAAGGUUAAUAAUGAGUUGUUAGUAACUGAAUUGGAGAAUGCUUAGAAAAUUAAGUAUAAUUUGAUUUUAUGA